AUGAAAUUUUGCAAAACAGCCAUGGCAGCUAUUGCUGUCGGUACCGCGUCUGCAAGCUGUCUCUCCGGCGAAGUUGCCGUUUACUGGGGUCAAUCUGAGGACACCGCUACUUUAUCGGACACUUGUGAUGAUGAUUCAAUUGACAUCGUUAUUUUGAGUUUUCUAACGGAAUAUCUUGAUCCAUUGGCAAUUAAUCUUUGGCCGGCUGAAUGUUAUCCAGAUACAAGCAGUGGAGUGUGGAGUUAUGCUUGUGAUGGUACCUCGGGAAGUACGGAUGUUGUGUCUGGCAUCAAAUACUGCCAGAACAAGGGAAAGAAGGUGAUGUUAUCCAUUGGGGGUUCUACUGGAAGUACUGUUCUUGCCAGUGAUGAGGAAGGUGUUGAAUUUGCCGAGGCCCUUUGGAAAUAUUUUGGACCACAAAAUGAUACCAGCAUUGUCAGGCCAUUUGGAGAUGCAGUUUUAGAUGGUUUUGACUUUGAUGUUGAGGGAGGCACCGGUGUGGGAUUAGCUGCUACUGCUAAUGAAUUGAAAGUGUUAUUUGCUGAGGAUUCGAGUAAACAGUACUAUAUUUCUGCUGCUCCUCAAUGUCCUGAGAAUGAUGCUCAUGUGGGAGACUUGUUGGACAAUGGUUACGUUGAUUACGCAUUCAUUCAAUUUUACAACAAUGAGUGCUCUCUUUCAGGUACGGACUUUAAUUGGGACUGGUGGGCAAACUGGGCAACCACGGAAAGUUACAAUCCAGACAUUAAGUUGAUGGUUGGUUUACCAGGCUCUUCUGCUGCUGCUCCUUCUGGUGGUUAUGUUACUCCAACUGUCGUUGAGGAGGUUCUUCAAGAUGAUGUUCUUCCAAACUCUGCCAACUUUGGUGGUAUUAUGGUUUGGAAUGCAUACUAUGGAUCAAACAAUGUCAUAGAUGGAACGUCAUUUAUUGAUUCUAUGGCCGAUCUCUUGAAUCAAGUUAUUUGUUCUGAGGAGACCGCAAGCACAAGUUCUGUUUCAACCGCAAGUUCUAUCUCAACCGCAAGUUCUGUCUCAACCGCAAGCUCUGUCUCAACCGAAAGUUCUCUUUCAACCGCAAGUUCUGCGGCAAGUUCUGUUGCAAGUUCUGUCGCAAGUUCUGUCUCAACCGAAAGUUCUCUUUCAACUGAAAGUUCUGUUGCAAGUUCUGUUGCAAGUUCUGUCGCAAGCUCCAUCUCAACCGCAAGUUCUGUCUCAAGCAUAGAUCAAAACAGUUCGUCGGCUAUUCUAUCCACAUCUUCAAGUAUUACAACAUCUGAAACUGCAGAGUUGAGUACCCAAACUUCUAGCUAUUACUCUUCUUCUGAAUAUGCUUCGACAUCUUCUGGACUAUCCCUCUCUGUUGAGCCUACUUUCUCCAUUGAAUCGUCUACCCAGCCCUCAAGUACUUUCUCUUUCCUUACUGUCACCGUUAGUGGUAACUCGUCUUCGUCAUCUAUCCUUUCAAAUCAUUUCUCGAAUACUACAGUCGAGGCUUCCACGAUUUCGAGUGAAACUGUUUCCGUUGCUCCAGUCAUUACUGGCAUUUACGAUUCUUCGUCCUUGUCUUAUUCUUUGGCUUCUCAAAUACCCUCUUUCUACACCAACUCCACUGAAUCUAUACCAGCAACCAGUUCGGAUUCAAGCAUUCUUUCCUUAUCCUCUAGCACAGAUCCCUCCUUUUCAUUCACUUCUGAUUCAUCUGCUGCAUCUUCGGAUCCAGCCGUUCAAUACUCUUCAACUGCUUCAGCUUUAGAUACCCUUGCUGGAUAUUCCGAGUACUCUACGGAUGCUGAAAUGGCCAGUAUGACUUCGGAUUAUGCUGCUUAUACCACUGGAGGUCGCAUUUCAACUCCAACCUCUGACUCUAUCACUGAGGUCAGUACUGAUGCUGAGACUGAAGUCAUUAAGCCUGCCUACGAUACCUACACUCUUACUACCAACAACGUUACCAUCGAAAUCAUUACUGAGUGCACUACUGAACCUUCUACUGAUAUUCCAGCUUCUAGUUCGUCUUCUCCUGAAGAGUCAAAGAUAUCAAUAUCCUCUGAUGAAACCUCUACCAUCAUUGAAACCAUCACUACCGUCACCGAUGGUCAAACUAGUGUUUUCACUACCACAAUUUCAGAAUGUUCAACAGAUGCUACUUCUACACUCACUUCUUCUGCUCCUGUUAGUACCUCCACGAAUGCAAUGUCUACGUCACUCACUUCUUCGACUACAUCCGUCGGCACUCUUCCAUAUAUCCAGACUUACCAGGGAGCUGCUGUUGGAAACUAUGAUGAUGUUUCCAAUUAUGGCAUCUUUGCAGUUGUCUUUGCUGCGUUCGCUUUAUUGUUCUGA